GAACUGACAGCCGCAGACUACGGAUCAGUUAGGUCAUUAGGGCUGUGCAUGAUAGUAAUGCGCGCGAAAAAAAGUUUUGUUUGCAAACGAAAUUUUUAAACGAAGUAAUGUGUCAGAUGUCAAUUUUGGCGGGAAUUACCGUUUUAAAUGAUUAUUUAUAAGAUUUUUUGUGUGAUACGAAGUGAAAUUUUUAUUUUGUAAAUAAAAUAUGUGUUUGGUUAGUUUAGUUUAUUUGCAGUAAGAAAUAUAUGCGUGAUAAAGUCUAUUUACUAAGCGAUAACGUGUUUUAAUUAAGUGUUUCGGUACGAUAAGUAGGAAUAAUGGCACAAGAAAACAGUAACUCCACGUUGGAGAUGGGGACCAGUGACCAGGUACUGGUUGCAACGAAGAAAAAGAAAACAUUAACAUAUAUAAUCGGCUUCAUCGCGAUGGUGGCUGUGAUAGCGGUUGUGAUAACACUAGUUGUUGUCCUCUCCGGCAAUGAGGCAGGUCCAUCUGAACCCAUUGUAUCUACAACAGAAGGUCCAACAUCGCCGUUAGAUCCAUCCACAACAACGACUACGACGACAACAACAACAUUCGCACCCCCAGUAGAUCCAACAACAACAUUAGAUCCAACAACAACAACAUUAGAUCCAGCAACAACAACAACAUUAGAUCCAGCAACAACGACAACAACAACAUUAGAUCCAGCAACAACGACAACAACAACAACGACGACGACGACUACAACUACAACAACAACCGAAGCACCUAUAACUGCACCACCAGAUACGUUGCCGAUAGAACUAGAAGAUAUAAUCAAUGGAGUAUUUGCAGCACCCUCAUUCAACGGUACUUGGACAUCAGCUAACGAAGUGCUCUUCAGAAACCUAAAUGGUGACCUGGUGUUGUACCAAGUGGAUACAGACAGUACAACCGUUCUCAUUUCUAAUUCUUCACAGAUUCUUCAGCAAUCAUCAAGAGUAACCGCGUUGUCGCCUGAUGGCUUGCACGUGGUGCUGUCUUACAAUGUUGUUCCUGUGUACAGAUAUAGUUUCCUGGGGCGCUAUGCCGCUAUAAACAUCACCUCUGGCCAGGCGAUAGACAUAGUUCCACCUGGCGUUCGCCCUGAAGAUGCGUUGCUACAGAACUUCGUAUGGGGCCCGUCGGGAACAUCUUUAGUGUUCGUUUACCGCAACAACAUCUACUACCAAGCUUCGUUAGACAGUCAACCGCAACAGGUGACAAGCAAUGGCGAAGUCAGUGUCAUUUACAAUGGCAUACCGGAUUGGGUUUACGAAGAGGAAGUGUUCGUAUCGAACAACGCGCUCUGGUUCUCUCGGGACGGCAGCAAGCUGGCGUACGCGACAUUUGACGACACUAAUGUGCGCAUCAUGAAAGUACCGCACUUCGGCGUGCCCGGCUCCGUCGACUACCAGUACACGCAGCACCACGAGAUCAGAUAUCCCAAGCCGGGCACCACCAACCCAACGGUGCGAGUGACGCUGCGUGACAUUGCAUCAGGCGCGGAGACAGUAUAUAAUGCGCCUACUGACUUGAACGAGCCUAUUUUGAAGACUGUUAACUUCGUCGAUAACACCACGAUUGCUCUAAUGUGGACAAACCGCGCGCAAACCUCGCUGCAAGUCGAACUUUGCACGCAAAACGAGACCUCUUGCUCUCGCAUCUACCAAUAUACAGAACCUAAUGGCUGGAUUGAUAAUAUCCCCAUCUUCUUUAAUGAAGCUGGCAACUCCUUUAUAACCAUUCUUCCUCAGUCUGUAAAUGGUACUCUAUACAAGCAAAUUGUACAAGUAUCAGACGUGAACGCCAACCUCUGGACUGCGGCUGGUCGCACCAACACACCGCAUACCGUUCUCGAGAUUCUGUUAUGGACCGAUGAUGACGUCGUUUGGUACAAAGCUACCCACGUGGAGGACUCUGCGGAGCAGCACGUGUACACGGCGAGCGCGGCGCGCGAGGUGGCGUGCUUCUCGUGCGGCAUCGCGCGCGCCCGCGGACAGUGCCUCUACAACGACGCCCUCCUCAGCGCAGACACCUCCCGCCUCGCCAUCAACUGCGCCGGCCCCGGCCUGCCGCAGAUAUUUAUUUAUGACGUGAAUGGUACUUUACUGAAAACGUGGGACGACAACGCGGAGACAUCUUUGCUGCUAGCAGACCGCCAGUUGCCGGUGACGCUGCGUCUGAGCGUGCCGGUCGCAGCCGGCUUCCCCGAAGCGGACGUUCACAUACAGGCUCCGCCCGACUACCUCUCUCGUACCAAUGUACCUUUAUUAGUUUACGUUUAUGGUGGUCCGGACACUGCGUUAGUAACAAAGCAGUGGACGCUGGACUGGGGCACGUCGCUCGUGAACCGCUGGGGCAUCGCGGUGGCGCACAUCGACGGCCGCGGCUCGGGGCUGCGCGGCGUCGCCAACAUCUUUGCUAUCAACCGCAGACUCGGCACCGACGAGAUCGAUGAUCAAGUUACCGUCACAAGGACACUCCAGCAGCAGCUGCCGUGGCUGGACGGCAACCGCACCUGUAUCUGGGGCUGGUCGUACGGCGGCUACGCGGCCUCGCUGGCGCUGGCUCGCGGCGCUGAUGUCUUCCGCUGCGCUGCGGCAGUCGCCCCCGUCGUCGACUGGAGAUUCUAUGAUACAAUUUACACGGAAAGAUACAUGGACACGCCGCAGAACAAUCCGCAAGCAUACUUUAAUUCUUCGCUUCUUACACCAGAAGUGGUGUCGGCGUACCGCAACAAGCGCUACUUCCUGAUCCACGGCACCGCCGACGACAACGUGCACUACCAGCACGCCAUGCUCAUCUCCCGCCUGCUGCAGCGCGAGGAUGUCUACUUCACGCAGAUGAGCUAUACCGACGAAGAUCACGGAUUGGUCGGCGUCAGACCUCAUCUCUACCACGCUUUAGAGAAGUUCUUACAAGAAAAUAUGCUGUAGAUAGAAGCCGCAGAAGUAAGAUCAAAUCAGUGCUAAUAUCAAAUUACACACUUAUUUUAAAUCAAUACGUAAUUAAAAUAAUUGACAAUAUUCGUAGUUCCCUUGAUGGAGUCAUUUUAAUUUAGAUAAUGUGUUGUGGUACAAAUUACUUAUUGACAUUUUAUAGUAUAAGAGACUAUGUUACCUGUGAAAAUACAUAUUUUAUCUUCUAAGAGUGUGCGCAUCUUU